AUGCGUCUCGUUUCCCACACCGUCUGGUCCCUCGUGGGCGCGUUGGCCUACCUAGGUGCCAUAUCUCAAGCCGCCGACGGCGUGCUGGAUAUCGGCCUCGUCUUCCCGCGCCAGAACGAGACGUAUGCGCCAAUGCAAAGGUUUCCCAUCAUCUUUGCACUUCAGAACGCCAAGCUAGCCCAAUAUCUCGAGCCCAUCGUUGACCUUGACGUUCUCAACGGCUCCAUGACCAUGCUCGACAAGAUCAACGAGAGGACCUUCGACCUCAAAUGGGCAAACUACACCAGGGAGCCCUACCUUCUCUAUGCCUUCAUGGACUUCGAAAUCGAGGGCCCUCUGCAGCUCCUCUGGACGACAUGGUGGAGACGGUGCGACGAGAGUGGCGGUGAAGUCCGCAUUGUCAGCAAUAGCAGUGACCAACUUCGGCUCCACUUCGACAUCAAGCAAGGCGCCCAGAAAGCCGACCUCGUUGAGGCGACGGCCAACGAGGAGAAGUGUCCCCCCAAUGUGGGAGUUGUUAUCGCCGUGACGGACAAGACACAAGAUGUCCCCAAGCCCCUUUCCGGCAACGACCAGUAUGGUACUUGUGCAUUCAUCGCCUCCCCCUCUCCAGCCCCGACCUCGAACCCCUGCAGAGUCAAGAUCGACGAGGCUACGGCUGAGAGCAUGGAGGCUGACGAGCAGGCUCGGAGAUGCAGACGUCCGAACCCACCUUCUGGUUGCCCAGAGAAGGAUAAUGCUUACCAGAAGCUGGCCGUCGCAGGGGGCGCAACCCUCGCGGCUGCUCUCGGCGUCGCCGCUUUCCUCCUUGUCUGA